AUGGUUUCUGAUAUAAAUCCAUUACUAUUAAAAUCAAGAUUAUUAGAAGAGAGAAAUGAAAGAUGGUAUAAAAUUAAAAAAAAUAAAUAUGAUAGUAUUCAAGAGGAAAUUCAAACUCUUCUAUUAACUCCAAUUCCAUUGCAAGCAUUAUUUGGUUUUCAAAAAAAACCAAGCAAACUUUCAACCACAUCAGAUAAAUCAGUAUCUAUCUCUCAUCUUUCUACUUUUUUUACAUUUUAUAAAUAUGAAAUACCUUCUAAUACUGCAGCCCAAAAAGUAGCGAAUAACAAAAUUAAAAAUUCAAAGGCAAAGAUUAUUGAAUUUGAAUCUUUAUUUAAUCUAGCUACAGAUAUAAAAUGUGGAAAGUACUUUUCAACUUUAAAUUUUAUUCAAAAGUAUAAACUUCAACAUUCAAAUAAUCGUAAAUAUCAAGAUUCUAAUCUCAACCUUUCACUUUCUAAUUCUGCAAUGUAUGAAAAUUUUGUUUACUCACAAGAAUUGUGUAAAGAAAUUGAGUUUAAACGAAGUUUUUCUGAUA